GGCUGCUGUUCGGACAGAGCUCUCCAGCUGGGUAAGCUGAUCACCCCUCCGCCUGUCCACUGCCUGACUAACAAAGGCGUCGUAUCAGCGAUGGAGGACAAGGCGGCGGUGGAGAACAAGGCAGCGGUGGAGGACGGGGUUGGCGUGUACCGGAGCGGCAUGGAGCAGCUGAAACAGUUCUUCCCUGUAGAGCUGACGCUCAUCACCUCUGAACACCAGCGUCUCCACACAGAGGCCGUUCAGACGUUCAUGAAGCGACGCUUUAAGAAUGAUCAGGGAGAGUACCUGAAAUCUUUAGAGGAACACAUCGAUCAACAUUUAGACCAGUAUUUACUCCACAAUGAGGAGGCUUCAAAGAAGAGAUGCCAGGAUCUUCUGACAAGUCUGUCUGCUGAUAUGACCACUCGACUCCAGAAAGGAUUGUACGCUAAACCUCGAGGCUACGUGUUCUUCUGCCAGCACAUGGAGACUAUAGUGGAGAAAUACAACAGACAGACAGCUACCUCAGUCAAGGCUAAAGAAGUCCUGGAGGAGUUUUUCAAGAACAAGCAUGUAGAAUCUGAAGCCAUCAGACAGGCUGAUGUGACCCUGAGUAAGCAGAGGAAACGGAUUUGUGAGGAGACAGAGAAAGUGUAUCUCUUGCGACAGAAGAUGAAGUCUGAGGAGGAGAAGAUGAACAAGUUGGAAGCAAAGAUGAAAGCAGACAAGGAUAGUUUCGAAGAGAAGAUGAGACAGAUAGAAGGGAAGAAUAAGGAGGAGACGAAACGAGAGGAAGAGGAGUUUGAGAAAGUUUUGGAGAGGAAGAUGAGGGAGCAGAGAGAGGUGCUGGAGAAAGGUCUGGAAUCGCAGGCUGAGAAGCUCAAGCAGGAAGUGGAGGAGACCAAGACGAAGCAUGAGGAGACUAAAGUCAUGCAGGCUGAGCAGUUUGAACUGAUGAUGGAGAAGUUCAGGAAGGAAAGGCAGCAGCAGGAGAAGAGAUAUGAGGAGACCAUGACCAUGAUGAACCAGCAGUACCAACAGACCAUGAUUGAGAUCCGACAGCAGAACGAGCGCGCCUUGGAGGAGAUGCAGCACAGCGACAGCGAGAGUGACGGCGACAGUGACAGUGAUGGUGAUGGGGAGAGUCACUGUACAAUAUUAUGAAUUACAGCAACCCUGUUACAUUAAAGUGUUGAAACAUAACUUAGCACCCCAACCUGCUCAUGGUCAAAUGGUGACAAUAGGAGGCCUGCUUCCCCCAUCCUUAGCACCCCCAAUGUAAACACUAGAAACAAGGAUGACAAAGGAUACUUUGAAUCCAGUCCAAGGACACACACACAAGAGACCCACCUGGAAAAAUGACCAUAGAAAGCUGAUUUACAAUACUUUCAGUUAUACUUACAGUAGCCACAGUCUGUUAUCGAGAAAUAUCAGACCCCCAAACGUUGGAAAGGCCCAUUAAAAUGAAUGGAGCAUUCAGCAGCAUUAUGUCACUGUACAAUAUUGUGAAUUACAGUUCUGUACAAUAUUAUAAAUUACAGUUUCUCUGGAAUAGUGACAGUCACUGUACAAUAUUAUAAAUCACAGUUUCUCUGGAAUAGUGACAGUCACUGUACAAUAUUAUAAAUUACAAAAAAACGAACUUACCAUUGUGAGGAAAAUUCCAGCAUCCUUUCAUUUGUGUGCCUCCACUUCCCAGUAGACCACUUCUGUACAAUAGAAUAGAAAUUUGCCUGAGAAUCCAUGCAGUGCGGCUGAAAGAGACAUUCUAUUCACUGCACAGGAACUGCAGCAAAUAGCAAUUUAUAAUUGAUUAUUUUGGUGGACAAGGGUUAUAUUUUCAUGUUUGUUUUUGUUAUUUGAGUGUGUUCCAGCCUGUGAUGCCAUUGAUGCAGUAUAGUUCACUAUAAUAAUCCCAUUGAUGCAGUAUACGAGUACUCUACGAUAAUCCCAUUGAUGCAGCAUAGUUCACUACAAUAAUCCCAACAGCUGGGCCAUGCAUGGUUCUUGGUAAUCAGUGGACCUAAUUCAGUUAUCUUUUGAAGUAGACAUGCGGUCCUUCAGGCUCAUGCUGAACAAUUUGACUUACUGUGCCCCCUUGUGGUCAUAUGCAAUAUUGUAAUUCUAAUUAUAAUCUAGGUGCCUUGCUCAAGGACACUUCAGCCAUGCCUACUGAACCGGGCAACCCUCCGGUUACAAGUCCGAAGCGCUAACCAGUAGGCCACGGCUGCCCCCAUUAUACACCUGUGGCAAGACACCUGAUGAACACCUUGCACCACACAGCCACGGGGACAGACUGGUGAUCAGACAUUUUUACAUUUACACUUUUAAUAAUGCUGGUGAAGUAAAAUAUAAAUAUACUGUAUGUUUUUAAUAAUGCUGGUGAAGUGAAAUAUAAAAAUACUGUACGUUUUUAAUAAUGCUGGUGAAGUGAAAUAUAAAAAUACUGUACGUUUUUAAUAAUGCUGGUGAAGUUAAAUAUAAAUAUACUGUAAGCUCUACAGUGACUCUCCCACA